AUGCCUCAGGUAGACUUUGGCCUUGAGCUCCUGGAGGCUGCCGGUCAAGGAAGGCAAGUGAUCGAAGAGAAAGUCAGAGAGGUCUUGAAUCAGUACCCCCACCUUCUGAUGUACUCCGAUCCAUACGGUCACACCGCCGCUCACAUCGCAGCCUUCUACGGGCACCUAGACAUUCUAUCUUACCUCUCGAGUUUGAACAAUGAGUGUCUCUUCUCCGAAUCUUUCGAUCUCUUCACUCCAGCACACAGCGCAGCAGCAAACGGACAACGAGAAAUCCUCGAAUUCUUAUCAAAGAAGAGCCUUUCACACUUGUUUGCAAAAGAUUGCGAUGGAUGGACGGUGGCCCAUAUUGCUGCGUUUUACGGACAUGAGAAUGUGCUUCGAUUCAUGGCAGAGGUCGCUCCGUCAGUGUUCGGUAUCAAUGCAGAGCUGCUCAGAAUGAUUGCGAGGACUGCGAGCUGUAAGAACGAAAUAGAAAAAGUUCAGAAGUUGGAUUUCCAGUAUUACAAGCCUCACCAGGUGCUAGAGCAACUUGAAUGUCUUGCUUCAAUCAAGUCAGACCCCGAUCAGGAGUCGUUGGGAGAAGGCAUCGUCAUAUCCACAAGCUCCUCCAUCCUGAGCUCGGAAUCCGUUGACAGUCAUCAUCUACUGAAGGGGCGAAAGAUUCCCUUUGGAGGAGCAGCGAAUCGGGAUGAAGAUGAAAGCUCGACCUCGAGCAUGGACGCAAGAAAGUGUCACAAGCAGUCGCUGACCAACGGAAAGAAGAACCACUCUCCCCCUCAUGAGAGGAAGUUAACCAGGUCCCCAAGCUGGGUUCAAGAUGUCACAACGAGAGAGCAGCAGAGCAGCUGGAAGACUCUUCUAGGAGGGCUGAGGAAGGGAAGCGACAUCACUUCCAUGCUGAUACCGGCCGAGUUCCUGAGGCCCGAGUCAACGCUAGAGAGGAUCCAAGACGUCAUGCAGCACGGCAGGCACCUGGAGAGCAUCGUGCUUCCCAACUCGUCUGCUCUAGAUCGCAUCAAGUCUGUCGUCCGCUUUCAUGUUGCUCAAGCCGGCAAAGUUCUCCUGCUCACGCAUGGGACUGGGCAGGUGUCGGGAGUGAUCCGAGCGAUCUUCGAUGGCAAGAAGCCCUACAACCCCAUCCUAGGCGAGACCUGCGUCUGGGCGUACAAGCAUGGAGACUCGUCCUGCGUGACCAAGGUGGUUUCCCACCACCCGCCCAUCUCAGCUUUCUUCCUCAACAACGAGCGACUGGGCAUCAACAUCACUGCCUCUGCGGAAAUUAACCCGACAUUCACUGGAAAUUGCGUGCUGGUUCCAUUCAAGGGCAAGCGAGUCUUGAAGAUCAUGCACUUAAACGAAGAGUACACGAUGACAGUCCCCAGUCUGCAGUAUCGCGGGCUCUUCGUGGGCUCCAGAGGAGCUGAAUGGGUUGGGAAAGUUGUGGUGAAGUGCGAGCAGACGGGACUGUCGGCGAAGCUUAACUUCAAGCCGCUUGGCUGGCUUGGCAUGUGGGGGUCCUGGCACAGAGUGGAGGGCAAGGUGAAGAGUAAGGUGAAGGGCGUCAAGAAGCUGAUCGGGAGCAUCUACGGCCACUGGGAUACGCAGCUGAUUUAUAGAGACGAGGAGAGCAAGGAAGAGGAGGUUAUGUACGACUUCGACCAGAGCGCGAAAUUUUUCGGAGUUGAGCAAGUGAAGAUGAAGAAAGCGAGCCUGCCGACAGACUCGCUCGUCGUUUGGUCAAGACUGUCUGCUGCCUUGACACGGCGAGAUAUGAAGGACGCCAACAGAAUCAAGAACGAGAUCGAGGAAGAACAGAGACGAAUCCGUAAGGAGCGAGCAAAGAGAAACCAAGCAUACCAGCCCAGAUUUUUCAGGUUCAAGGAGGGAAGGUGGGUCCCAAGGGAUGAGAUGUACCAAUUUCAAGCGACGUGUAUGGUAGGAACAGACGUGUAG